AUGUCUGUUGCGUGGAUGACCAACAAAAAACUGAUUGUAUCAGGCGACAAAUCUGGCGAAAUUAUAGCAUGGAAUCCCAAAGCUAAUCAGAAAGCAAAAUUUUCAUUUCUAAAAUCUCCCAUCUAUUGUAUUUCAUCUUCCCCUACUCGUGAUAAUAUUCUGGCUUUUGGGUUUCAAAAUGGAAGUAUUCUAAUUGUAAUGAUCACACCUGAUUUUCAACGAGAAAUUGUCCAUAAUCUACAAGGACAUGAUCAAGAAAUUCAUGGAUUGUCUUGGCAAGAUUCUUCAGGUGUUGAUCCGAAUAAUCAGUAUACUCUGCUCGCUUCUGGUUCUCGAGAUAAGACAAUCAAAAUUUGGAAUGUGUCCGAGGAAAAAGCGAUAAAAACUAUCUCAUUACCACAACCUACGCAAAAACUAACUGAACAACAAAAGAGUAGACUAUGGCUCGCUCUGAGCUGGGUACCUGGUGCAAAUAAAAUAAUCACGAGCUCAUUUAUGGGAAACUUGAUGAUUUGGGAUCUUGAUGCACAUAAUCCCCAAUAUCGAUGGUUCGCAAAAGGUCAUAGCCGAAGUGUUUUCUCUAUAAUAACCUCUUCAGAUGGAAUGCAAGCAAUAACAAUAUCAAUGGACAGACAGAUAAUAAAAUGGAGCAUAGGAGAACUGCGUCCUCGAUUAAUAUUGCCUUGUCUUUGCCUUGGAGUGCAUAGCUUGGACAUUUCUCAUCCUGAUCCAUCAAAAUUAGCAAUUGGACUCGGUGAUAGUACAAUUCGGAUUUGGAAUUUCGGGAAUCCUGAAAAUCCAUUUGACUCAAGUUUAUUAUGGAAAGGCUUAAAAAGUCAACUUAAAUGGCAUCCGACCCAAGAAGGAAAUCUUGCUUUUGGAAAUGGAUUAGGAAUCUUAGGGCUUAUGGACGUUUAUACUGAACGCUGUAAAAGUUUUCAAUCACAUCACAAAGGCAAAGUUUAUGCGCUUGAUUGGUGUCAAAAGCGAUGUUUGAAUAUUAAGGAAAAAAAUGAAGAGAACGAGAAGGGCAUGUUCUUAUUUAGCUGUGGUGCUGAAGGAAUAGUUUAUAUUAAUGAUACACAGAAACUCGAUAAAGCUUCAAUAAAUAUAAAUCAAUUAAUUGAGAAUGGAAAUGUUGAAUGGAUGGAAAAAAUUAAGAGUGAUUCUAAGUCCUUCCCUCAUCGAACUGAAGUUGCGGUCCACCCUAACGGUAUAUUUGUAGCAAUAGGAAAUAAAGAUGGUUCAAUUGAAGCUAGUACAGAAAGCUUCCGGUUGAUUUCUCGCUCUAAUGAUUGUAAGGUUAUGAUUCAUGACUUAAAUGAUACGAGUAAAUUGGCUUCGACAGUGAAUAUUCCCACAUCAAAUUGUAUGAAAGUUUUCAGUAAACAUACGAAUGGAAUCUCAGAUUUAGCAUGGUGUCCAGUUGACAAAAAUAGACUUGUAUCGUCUUCUUUUGACAAGACAGCCAUUGUAUGGGAUGUAUCCAAAGGGAUUCCUUUAUCACUUUUUCGCGGACAUGAAGGUCGAUUAUUGAGCACCGUAUGGAGCUUAAUAGAUGCUGAUUUAGUAUUUACUGGUGGUGACGAUCAAAUGUGCUUUGCGUGGAGGCCAUCAGAGCAUCAGUAUGACGAAGAAGCAGGCAAGAAUAUUUACAUCUACUCACAUUCACAAUAUUCUAAUAAUAAAAUGAUAACACAACCCGUUGAAGAAUCUACAGUAGUAGGUGAUGCCAAAGUAUCUGAAGCUGUAUCCCGAAAACAUGGCCGAUCCACCAAAAAGCAAAAACACAAAAAUUUCUUCCCGCUAAGCAGUCAACCAGUCGCACGACAGACUCUUCAGAAUGAUACAUUUCAACUUGCCAAAAAAAUUUAUGGUGGCAAUUGGGAUGCCGCGAUGGAAUUUUGGAAUGAGGGUGUGCCAAAAAAUAAAAAGGCCGCUGAGAUAAAAGAUUUUUCUCCUUCGAUGUUGAGUAAGUCUCUUUUCGGGGAAAGGAAAGAAGUUCGAGAAGUCAUAAAGUCUGAAGAGGAAUUGACAGAUCAAGAUUGGCUGAUAUUGGCGUUGAGUCCUUCAGCUGGACGAGAUGUUUGGGAAUCAUUAAUACGUAGACAAGCGCAAAAGUUAAUGAGGAAAAACGAUUUUUAUUCAGCCGCAAUGUGCUUUUUAGCCUGUGGAGACGUGUAUGAAGCUAUAGAUGCACAUCGUCACGGUAAAAUGUUUCGAGAAGCAAUUAUGCUUGCAAGAAUUCGAAUCCCACUCGAUGACCCUGUUCUCUCGGAUCUGUAUUCGGAAUGGGCGGUACAACUUGAAAGUCAAAACCGUUACGAAGAAGCAGCCAUGUGUCAUCUCUCUUCACAAAAACCCGCUGCAGUACAACAUGCACUAAAUGAUCUAGCUCGUCAAGGAGAUCCUUCAUCACUUCGCGCUUCUGCAUGCUUAGCCAUACUCCUUGAUGAUCCCUCUGCCAACGAGAGGAUCUCGAGAUAUAAAGAAGAUUAUGAAAGUCGCGCUAAUACAUCAAACACAGUUGAGGGUACUGAAAUAGCUGAGGUUGUAUCAGCUCCAAAUACAGCUGAGAAUGAGGAGACAAUCAAUAAUCUUGAAUGA